UCCGAGUUAAGCAGUCGUUUAAUAAAAUUAUCACUAUUUGUGUUGCUAUGUGGCUUGACAAUUAUAUUUUUGUAUUGUCAGCGCUUCACUGGACGAUUGAAGGGAAUGGAGAUGAACAAAGUAGACAAAGGAGAUAUCUUUUAUUUACACCGAGUUCACAAUGGGGUGUAUUUGUAACGGUAGCAGUCCCUCUUCAUCCGGAGACAGCAGUGAGUGUUGCUUGGUUCUUCGAAGCUAGUUAUUAUAACGUCGCCAAUGCUACAUAUUUUGAACCACUUUUAGGAGAUAUUGAAACAUCAAGUGCACGGAGGCGGCGUAGCGCUAUCGAAACGAAAAAUAUCUUAACAAGGAGACAUUUCUAUACAAUAAUAGAAUCUAUGUUAGAAAAAUACGGGCAUGCGGGACGUCCUUGCUUGCUCAGAGCCAUUUGCGAGAAUGCCACAUCGCAUUUCUUGCAUAACGGCGUCUUAGGCGAUUUACUUCACCUAGCCCUCACGCCAUCUGCGUCGCUCCAAGAAGAUAUUGAAGAUUGCUACUAUGAAGCUGAAUACUGGGGACUCGAGAACAAAUGUGAUUAUUUGACAGACAUGUGCCCGACUAGUCCACUAGACUUUAUUUCCGUGGUGUUUGAAGACUAA